AUGACCUAUACCCUUACCCUUACCCAACCCCAACUUGAGGUUUUGGAAGGCAUCAAGGGUUGUUGGAGUCUAGGAUCUGCCCCUCUCUGCAAGAGUAUUCUUUGCAACUCUAAUACAGGGGCCCAUAAGAUUCCCGACUGGGGUCAAACUCCAACCUUGGGUGGUGUUCAAGAGGGGAAAGGAAGGGAGGGAGAGGGAAGGGGGAGGAAGGGAGGGGGAGAGAAAGAAAGGGGUGUAGCACGUGUGUCCAUCAUUUGGGGUGUCAGCUCUGACAGCAAGCUGAGAGUAGAAAGGUGUGAUGGAAAGGUGGCAAUCAUGACACCCUCCGCACGAACACUCUCAAUCGGAGAACUCGUCGACAAUAUUUGUUUUUACUCAGAGGGCAAAGAACUUGUUGCAUUGGCGUCAACAUGUAAAUCUGUGAGCCUGUCCGCCUUGGACAUGUUAUGGAGAGACGUUACGACAUUGAGGCACUUGUUCCUGAUCAUUCCAGGAUGCACUGAACGCAACCGAAAACUGUACCUGCCUUCCAUCCCAGACUGGUCCAAGUUCAAUCAGGUGGCAGGGAGGGUUAAAACGCUCGAGAUCAGGGAGAAUUUUUAUAGUCCGAAUGAUGCACGACCAGACUCUUCUGCCUACAAAGCUUUCGCAAAGACAUUUGGAGGCUCACCUUUGCCAAUGGAGGUUGGACACUGGUUGCAUUUAGCUAUACCAGGCAUCAACUGGCCAGUCGCCAGAGAACACCAUCGGCCUGAAUGGAAACUCUGA